GGGCGGGGCGGCCCCGCGCGGGGCACGCUGGGAAGAUGGAGAACUUCUCGGCGCUGUUCGGCGCGGCCGAUCCGCCGCCCGCCGCCGCCGCCGCGCUCGGCUUCGGGCCUGCCAAGCCGCCGGGCGCCGGGACCGCGCCGCCGCCCGCCGCUGCUGCCGCCGCCGCGCCGCAGCCGGGCGAGGACGCGGCCCGCAAGACCACCACCGGCCCCUUCUACCUGCUGCGGGAGCUGCCAGGCACCACGGAGCUGACGGGCAGCACCAACCUGAUCACGCACUACAACCUGGAGCACGCCUACAACAAGUUCUGCGGGAAGAAGGUGAAGGAGAAGCUCAGCAACUUCCUCCCCGACCUGCCCGGCAUGAUCGACCUGCCCGGCUCCCACGACAGCAGCAGCCUGCGCUCGCUCAUCGAGAAGCCGCCCAUCUGCGGCAGCUCCUUCACGCCCCUCACGGGGGCCAUGCUGACCGGGUUCCGCCUGCACGCCGGCCCACUGCCCGAGCAGUGUCGGCUGAUGCACAUCCAGCCCCCCAAGAAGAAGAAUAAGCACAAGCACAAGCAAAGCCGCACGCAGGACCCCGUCCCCCCAGAAACCCCCUCAGACUCCGACCACAAGAAGAAAAAGAAGAAAAAAGAGGAGGAUCCAGAGCGGAAGAGGAAGAAGAAAGAGAAGAAGAAAAAGAAGAACCGGCACAGCCCGGAGCACCCGGGUGUGGGCAGCUCCCAGGCCAGCAGCAGCUUGCGAUGAGACCACCCCGGCACCUCCCCGGGGACCCCCCGGCCAAUGGCCCCAGCUGAUCCCGAGGGGCUUGGCCCUGUGUAACCCUGGGCAGGGGCGCAGGGCUGGCCUGUCCACCCCCUGGCAGAGGGGACACCCCCACAGCCACCUGGGACCAGAGGCACAAACUCUGGGGGUGCUGACCUCGGGCUUUUGUACCUAAAGACCCCAGAGUGUCGGGGCCUGCUUUUCGGCCCUCUGAACUGAGGGCUGCCACGACCCUUGGCCAGCACGGUGUGGGGAGCAGCCCUGAGCAAGGGGUCCCUGGACUGUGCACAGUCAGCACCACCCUGAGCUCCUGCCCUGGCUCUCAGCCUGGCUCCUACCUUGGCUUUGGCCUUGUCCUGCUCUGGCCUUCACAUCCCAGGCCUGCUGAGGAUGGGAGGGACCCCUGGAGAGGCACCAUGUCCUGCGCGGAGGUGGCAGCUGCCGCGGGCACCGGGAUCUCCAGCCACAGUCACAGCCCUCCUCCGGAUCUCGAGCCUCACUAGCACCUGCCACGCCUUCCCUGGAGCAGCUUUCCCCAUGCCUGGAAAAUCCUUACCUUUCGUGGGAGCAGUUUGCCCCAAAAGCAGCCCAGAACACGGCUGGGCUUGCCUCUCCCCAGUCCCCUCUUUCCUCUCCCCGCUCAGAAUGGGGAAGGCUGAGACCCCGAGGAACAGGAGUUCCUCCGUCCCUGGACGCCAAACAAAGCAAACGCACGGCCCUGGGGCAGCUCAUUAAAUAUCCUUUUAUUCCUCGUCUUUAAAA